AUGGGUCAACAAGUGUUCUCCUUAUUUCACCUAGAAAGAAAUAAAUUGUUAUCCAUUAUUGGUAUUACCUUUGCACUUAUUUUAGCAUUCCAAUAUUUUGAGCUACCUUAUGGUAACAUUCUAGUACCUACAUCAAAUCUUCGCAGCAGCAGCAGCAGCAGUAGUAGUAGUAGUAUACUUCAACCUGCAUAUUCACCAUCUGCCUCUGAAAUAUAUAACAAUAUUACCCUUUUGAAUCAAACAAAUUCAGAACACCCUCUUGACAAAGUUAAUGAAACUCGGUUGUAUGAGGAAAAUGACACUAUUUCAAGAACUGUUAUAGGUAUGAAUUUGUCAAGAGAAGUCAACAAUUCAUAUCAUAAUCUUCAUCCCCUUUCUCCUGCAAUUGCGCCAACAUAUUUAACUCCACCACCUGCUGCAAGUCCUCUAACAAAAGUGUUAUCAAAUGAUUCUGAAAUUACCGAUUCCAUGAAUGAUGAGAGGUUCAAGCCAUUAAAAGAUGAUGUCAAUGUAAUGAACCAUAAUUCUUCUAUCGUAACUGUGCCUAAGGUGACUACAAGUUCUCUUAUAAAAGUUCCGGAGGUAACAUCAAUAUCAGAUAUGGAUAAGUUAUUGCUUCAAAGCCAUGCUUCGUAUCGAUCCAUGAGGCCAAGGUGGUCUUCAGCUGUUGAUCAAGAGCUACUGCUGGCCAGAUCAGAGAUUGAAAAUGUUCCAGUUGUAACUGAUGUUGGAAAUCUUUAUGCUCCUCUUUUUCACAAUGUUUCCAUGUUUAAGAGGAGCUAUGAAUUGAUGGAAAAGACUCUCAAAGUGUAUGUAUACAGAGAAGGGUCAAAGCCAAUAAUGCAUUCACCAUAUCUUUUGGGCAUAUAUGCUUCCGAGGGAUGGUUCAUGAGGUUGAUGGAAGCUAAUAAAGCAUUUGUCACGAAAGAUGCAAAGAAGGCCCACCUGUUUUACUUACCUUUUAGUUCUCGAAGGCUCGAGGAAGCAUUAUAUGAUUCAAAUUCACAUAGUCAUAGGAACCUAAUGCAGUAUCUGAAUAACUAUGUAGACACAAUUGCCAGGAAACAUUCUUUCUGGAAUAGAACAGGAGGUGCUGAUCAUUUUCUUGUUGCUUGCCAUGAUUGGAAACAUGCAUUGUUAAACUCUGAGUGA